ACGGGGCUUGGCGGGGAAUUUUUUUACUUUUCUAAUUUUUUACAGUUCCUGUCUUGURACUUAUUGAACACUUUCUUCAAGUGUUUUCUCUGGAAACUUGUCUCAAAUGAGGGCUGUGAGCCCUAACAAAGAAGGGUGUUGUUCGACAGCCAACAGGUGAUGGGGUGAAACCUGAGUAUAUGUGUACAUUGGAGUAAAGUCUGGCUGCUGUUUAAAAUAGAAUUUAAAAAAUCAAUGGGAGACUGUAAAAGGCAAGAUUUCCUUCUUUCUAAAUUUGUACACCCUCUUMAGGGAGUGGGGGAGAAGCAUCCGUGAGAAUACCGCUUCCUCGGCUGGAGGUUUGGGUCUUGCCUCACUGCAAUGUGCACUUGAGUUUCCAUCAGCACUGUACAGAGCCAAGGAUAACACGGCCAAAUCAGAUGUGUUGGCGUGGGGCRAUGCUUUGUCACGGGGCUUCCUCCUUUUGUUAAAUGCAGGUAGCCUGUCUUUGCAGUAUGGUUCGUCACAAGAAAAUACCCAGAGAAGGACAGUCCGACUUCCAGUUGGAAAAGUGAUCUUUGCUCUAGGAUGCUAGAGGAGGAAAGCAGUUAACUCCUCUGUUGGUCGUUGUACACUGGCUAACCAAAAUAGUUCUUACUUCUAAGGUCCAUCUAGAGGUCUUUUGAAGGAACAAGUAGACGGGCUCCAUUCCUUCCCCACUGCGYUGGGUGGUUAAUUUCUCAGAAGGACCCAACAGCUGAAGAAGUCGCUGUGUGCUGGUGCUGAUACAGAUUCUACUUGCCAACUCUGGAUCCGGAUUUCCCACACAGAGAGCUACAGAGCUCACUGUAGAUAUGCUAUGUGUACUGUAGCUAGGGACUUCGUGAUCAUGUCUGUAAUGCAUAUURGAAACAAGCUUUGAAUUAUUAAUGGCUACUUUAUGGUGGUUUAUUGCUGCUAUAUUGCACCCUUCCUCUUCUAAUGUAGUUAUCUUGCACCAGAGAUUAAAUAAGCAGGUGAAUGGGCUGGCCAUGCUAAUCUUAACUCGUUGAGCCUUCAUUGUGAAUGGAUGCAUGUGAUAUGCAUCUUGUAUCCCCUAUAGCCUUGUUAACAAGCCUUCUAACAAAAAAGUUGUUAAAACAAUUUGCCCUGGAGGACAGAGUAAAACAGUAGGGGGUGGGCAAGGAGAUGUUUGUCUAACUUURCUUACAAAUCAUGACCUCUUCUAUYUGGUCAGGGGGGAACAUAAUCAGUGAGCUGGAAAUCCUAGCAUGGGGGUAACCUUCAUAUGGGCUUCAGCAAUAGCUUUGUUCUAAGUUUGAUAUCCCAGUAUUUUGUGUACUCAUAGCUUUGUAAUUAGGAGUGUAGUUUGUCUUUGCCUCUGAGGAAUUUGUCAUAUGACUGUUUUAAUUCAUCAGUGGAAAAAACACAGUAAUUGCUUUUCUUUUCCAAUCAAAUUUARCUGUGUAACUCAAUUAUGUUAUUCAUAGUUGUCAACCUGCCAGUGAAAUACCUCCUUGUAGGCUAUAAAGCCUUUUUUGAGAGGUAGUAUUUGAACAGAGCUGAAACCUCAAAAUGUUCCAUGGACUUUAGGAAAGCAAAGCAAAACAACACAUCCUUGCUGUGUUCUGUAGAUGUCAUGGCAGGAGUAGAAAGACCACCUUUCUACUCAUCCCUUGGAAAGCACUUAUUUUUUCAGCUGUUGUUUGUAUUCAUUUGAAUCCUYCUUAGGAUGUAAUCAUUUUAAACAGAUCACUUUGAAGGAUGAGUGCGGCUGGGGGGCGGGGAGGAAGAACCCUGUAGUUUUAAAAUGCAAACCAAAUUACACUUGAGCAGGAGAGGAAGAAGAACUCCUAAACAAGCAAUUGCUAAAAUAGUUCUGCUGAUAGCCUGCUGUUAAGAUAGGCUGGAUUAGAAACCUUGUCCUCAGCAACCCCACAGUAUUUGUGAUGCAGCUGUAUUGAUAUGUGGUGUACUGUCAAUCAUUUUAUAGCCAGCUUUACAUUUGCUCUUUGGGAGCAUUUUUCUUUUAACGUGAAUGAUGUCCUUUGAGCUGUCCUGAUCUCAGUUCAUUGAGAUUUGCAGAUCUUGCUUUGAACAUUUCCAAUCACCUUAUCUGGGGAGGAGAACCCUGAUUAUAAAGUUGCAUUUUACAGUUGGAGGUAAGGUAUAUUUUUCUUUUAUUUUGUAUCAGCCACACUUUCAACCUGCCCUGGAAGACUGGAAACUGGACCUGUGGGUCUGUGGUGUCCUCUUGUUGGAACUCAUGUGCGUGCUUUUUGAAAUGUGUGUCAGAGGAGGCCCAGGCAGGAUGAGUCUCUGCAAAACAGCAGCCUUGUUUCUCUCUUACCAGUGCCUUGUCUUCCUUAGGAAUUAGGCAGCAUUCCUGCACUCCUUAUGUACCUUAGCCAUGCUUAAGAACCUGACAUUGUCCAGUGCUGCUUUUUUUCAGUGUGGAAGUAGUAUGUAGCCUUAGUGUUCCAAAUAUUCAGAAAAGUUGAUACAUCAUUAUGCAUUUAGAUUUUGGGUUGUUUCCUUGUCUUUAAGAGAAGUUGGAGAGUUAAUUUUUGAGCUUGUGGUGGAGAGAGGGUUUUGAACAAUCAAUAUGAAGCAAUUACUCAGUUACUUGUGUGUGAGUGAGUGUUGUGUGUUCUUGUGAGUGUUGGGUAUUGUGAGAACAAGGCAGGGGUUUGCUCUGCUCAAGUGCCCAAGCACUGCCAGUGCUGAACCUGUCUCUUUGCCUAAAUUAUAUUUCAAAUCUGCUCCCUGUGGUACAUGGUUGCGGUCAGGCUGCCUGAGAUAUUGACAAAGAUGUUUCACCUACUGACUCCUUUUCUUCCUGGGUUAUUGGGCAGGAGUCAGUUCUUGAAAAGGGACUGUUUGACCAAUACGAGUUCUUGCAAUGCUGUUAAGAAUUGGAAAUACCAGCUUAGGCAUCAGUGAGUGGCACAUUAUUGCAAAUCAGAUAUCUGCCCCUUUCUAAAGGGAAAUGGCAAUACAGUUCAUCUGCUGCUAAGAUUGUCUUGGAAUGAAUUCAGCUUCUCAGUGAUAUUCAUAGUGACUUUGUAUUUAAGAAUUAUUUGGACAUAGAUGAUGCGUGACGCAAGCUGCCAAACUGAGUAUCCCUAUCCAUCAGCAACAGUGAACACUGUUGCUUUUUUUUGUUAUAGUGAUUUCCUAACUGCAUCACAGUAUUUCUGUCCCUCUUUCUUUGCACCCAUUCUAUGCAAGCAAUAACAAAAAUAUACCUGAUGUGUGACUUUAUUUCCACUAGUAAGUGGGAAGGGGAAACAGUUCUGUAUUCCUUAUAAUUUUUUCUGAGAACAACUAAUUCAAGGGAUACAGUAUGUACCAGCAAGUCUGUCUUUCUGUUUUAAAUAUGUAGGAUUGAGCUUUUAGGAUUGAGUUUGGCUAUAUUUACCUUCCUUGAGAAAGAUUGUAAUGUGGCGAUGUUAAACUCAGAAGCUGUGGUGCUAACCUUUAGUUGUACAACUUGAGUAAGAUUUYAGACAUGUGCCUGACAGCUCACCAGCUUUCCAGAAAUAGCCAGUUCUCAAAGGGGAAGUUGGCAGGUUUGCUUGCCCCAUCAGAUAUUAAAUUAAUCUUCUGUUACAGUGCAGCUAUGAAGUGUGUUGGCAUCUUAGCAGUGCACCAAAAAUAGCGUGUAUGUUUUUGAACCAGAAGUUUUUGAAAUUUAAACAAUUUAAGUUUUGAAAGUUAAACAAUUUAAUUUUUUAGAGCACUAACUCAGUGGAAGAGUUAAAUAAUCCCAUCUCUUUUUAUUUGGUGUGGGAAUGUAYGUAUUGAAAUGCAGGUAGAUUAGACUUUAUACUGGAUAUUAUAAUUUCUCUGAGUUUGUAGCUUUUGGAUGCAUAUGGCCACUUUUUAUGGAGCAGGUUUGGGUUUAUGUGCUGAAUCAUCUGAACCUGGCACUAACCAGUGCCUCACGCUUGAAGGAGAAACUCCUGUUGAGUAACCAGCAGAAUAUUUGGAUCAAUUGCUUGAUGAGCUGCAGCUGAAAUAUUUAACACUUCACACUUAUGCCAUUGGAGAUGGAGCCCAAAGCAAAUAACCUCGUUUUUGGGUGUCAGCGAAGUUCAACCUCUGAUGAUGACUCUGGCUGUGCCUUGGAGGAAUAUGCCUGGGUGCCCCCAGGCCUCAGACCAGAGCAGGUCCAGCUGUAUUUUGCCUGUUUGCCAGAGGAGAAGGUCCCUUACGUUAACAGCCCUGGAGAAAAACACCGGAUUAAACAACUUCUCUAUCAGCUGCCACCCCACGAUAAUGAGGUGAGAUACUGCCAGUCGUUAACUGAGGAAGAAAAGAAGGAGCUGCAGAUGUUCAGUUCUCAGCGCAAAAAGGAGGCACUGGGACGAGGCACUAUUAAACUGCUCUCCAGGGCAGUGAUGCACGCUGUUUGUGAGCAGUGUGGUACAAAAGUAAAUGGAGGCGAAGUUGCAGUUUUUGCCUCAAGAGCUGGGCCUGGUGUGUGCUGGCAUCCCUCGUGUUUCGUGUGCUUCACAUGCAACGAGCUGCUCGUUGACCUUAUCUACUUCUACCAAGAUGGGAAAAUUCACUGUGGCAGACACCAUGCUGAACUUCUCAAACCCCGAUGUUCAGCCUGCGAUGAGAUAAUUUUUGCUGAUGAGUGUACGGAAGCUGAAGGUCGCCACUGGCACAUGAAGCACUUCUGUUGCCUCGAGUGUGAAACAAUCCUGGGUGGACAGAGGUACAUCAUGAAGGAUGGGCGGCCGUUCUGCUGUAACUGCUUUGAAUCUCUCUAUGCAGAAUACUGUGAGACCUGUGGGGAACACAUUGGUGUUGACCAUGCUCAGAUGACCUAUGAUGGACAGCACUGGCAUGCCACAGAAACUUGCUUUUCUUGUGCUCAGUGCAAGACCUCUUUGCUUGGCUGCCCUUUCCUUCCAAAGCAAGGGCAGAUUUAUUGUUCAAAAACCUGCAGCCUGGGAGAGGAUGUUCAUGCCUCCGACUCUUCCGAUUCUGCGUUUCAGUCCGCUCGAUCCAGAGAUUCCAGGAGGAGUGUCCGCAUGGGAAAAAGCAGCCGGUCAGCCGACCAGUGCCGCCAGUCUCUGCUCCUGUCGCCGGCCCUCAAUUACAAAUUUCCUGGCCUUUCAGACAAUGCCGAUGAUACUCUUUCUCGUAAGCUGGAUGAUUUAAGCCUUUCCAGGGAAGAGGCAGGCUUUGUUAAUGAAGACUUCUGGAAAGGAAGAGUAGAGCAAGAAAUGCCUGAAGACCCUGAAGAAUGGGCUGAACACGAAGACUACAUGACUCAACUUCUUCUGAAGUUUGGUGAUAAAAGCCUCUUCCAGCAGCCCACUGAAGUAGACAUUCGAUCAAGUGAACACUGGAUUUCUGAUAACAUGGUCAAGAGCAAACUGGACUUGAAAAAAAAUAAUCCAAGCCUAGCAAGUAAGAAGUAUCAAUCAGACAUGUACUGGGCCCAGUCACAAGAUGGCUUGGGAGACUCUGCAUAUGGCAGCCACCCAGGCCCUGCCAGCAGCAGGAAAAUCCAGGAACUAGACAUGGAACACGGGGCUUCAGGAUACAAACACGACCAAACACCAUGGUACGGAGGGUCACUCGAGUGUUUGUCUGACCUGAAACAGCAAGAACAAAGUGUUCGAGACUCAAUGGAUUCCUUGGCUUUGUCUAACAUAACAGGGGCUUCAAUGGAUGGAGAAGGCAAGCCACGGCCAUCUCUCUACUCUUUGCAAACUUUCCAAGAACUGGAGGUGGAGGACUGUGAGAAGAUGAGCAAUAUGGGAACUCUGAAUUCCUCAAUGCUCCAUCGGAGCACAGAGUCCUUGAAGAGUCUGAGCUCAGAGUUGUGUCAGGAAAAGGCUUUGCCAGAGGAAAAGCCAGUGCAUGUGCCUGUGCUGAGACGAUCUAAAUCCCAGUCUAGACCACAACAAGUGAAGUUUUCAGAUGAUGUCAUUGAUAAUGGAAGUUAUGAGAAUCUUGAAAUACGUCAGCCUCCAAUGAGUGAAAGGACUCGUAGGCGUGUUUACCAUUUCGAAGAGCGUGGAAAUCGGCCUUCUCACCGUCGUAGAAGAAGUAGGAAGUCUCGUUCAGAUAAUGCACUUAACUUAGCUGCAGAAAGAAGAUGCUCUCCAAGAGAGAGAUUUCGUUAUUAUUCCCCUCAGGAUCAUGAAAAAUUUAUUCAGAAUAGAAGCUCACGUGAGCUUCGGGCCUAUUUUCAAAAUGCAGAGCUGUAUGGACCAUAUGCCCAUACCAGGUCUGACUAUGCACUGAGGAAUCAGAUGGUUGAUAAAUUUUUUGGAUUAUAUGGUGAGGAAGAUGACUYCUGGUGUUCAACUUCAUCCUCAUCAUCCGAUUCUGAAGAGGAAGGAUAUUUUCUGGGACAACCAAUUCCACAGCCACGGUCACUGAGAUAUCCAUACUAUACAGAUGAUCUUUCUGGUCCAACUACUGCGUUGUCUAGUUCUCAGUUUGGACAAAGGACAACCAAAUCAAAGAAGAAGAGGGGACACAAAGGAAAAAAUUGUAUUAUAUCUUAAUUAAUUACUAGUAUUUCUUAAUUGGGAGGACCAGUCAAUUCUGUAGCUACAGUUUGAACCACAUCUUUUUAUAUUAAUAAUUGUACUUAGGCAAGUUGCUAAAGUUCGUAAUGCUUUGCCAGUGUAAAUGAUAACCGUGCCAGAGUUUACAUUGUAAAAGUAGCAUUCAGAAAUGUCACCACACCAAAUGAUCUGCUCAGAUACUGCUAGGUUUACAUAGUGUGUUUCAGCUGUCAAAAUACUGUUACUGGAGUUCUUAAUAUGGAAUUUUGUAGACAUUUUAUUUUAUGCUCACUGUUCACCUACACUGAAUUAUCUGAGAGAGAGAGAAUUCAACAAAGAUUAGUAAAUAAAAAUGUCAGUCCUGUGCUGUAGAUAUAUACACACAGGGUGAUCUUUGACUUUUUCCUCUUGAUGCCAUGAAAAAAGAUUCUAUACUCUGCCCUUUCUUCAUCGAUAAAGCUCACUCGUCCUCAUUCAAGUUUCCAUACAAAAACUGGAUUCUUUUUAUUUGGGAAAAUGCCCCUUAACAAAGCAAAAAUCAUAAUGUGGGAGCUGAAAUGCUUGAAGUCUUGAUGUAUCCUAAAGCAGCAGUGAAUGUUUUACACA